AUGGGUGCCUAUACCUUCCACAUUUCAAAUCCAAUCUUGCCUAUCAAGUUACUGGAGUCAAAUGCAACAGUAGAUGAGCUAAUUGAAGGAGAGAGUAAGACUUGGAAAAAAGACUUAGUGCAAGCCAUUUUCAGACAAGAGGAAGCUAAAUGUAUUUGCAAUAUUCCUAUCAGUAUAAAGGGGAUGGAUGAUAAAGUUAUAUGGGGACUAUCGGAUAAAGGGCUAUUUUCAGUAAAGAGUGCAUACUUCACAGAUCUGGAGAAAAUUAAACAUAAGACAGGGGAAACAUCAAAUAGUGAUCAAAAUGAGAGGAUAUGGAGGAAAGUAUGGAGAUUAACAAGCUCGGGUAAGGUAAAACAGUUUCUAUGGAAAGCUCUAAAUGGAAUACCACCCACAAGGAGCAAUCUCUUCAAGAGAAUGGUAGUUGAUAACUCUACAUGCCCAAUCUGCAAUAGAGAAGAAGAAACAGCAUUACAUGUACUUUGGGAUUGUCCUGCUUCAGUAGAUGUGUGGAGUGAGGAAUUUAGUCCAGUUAAAAAAUGGAGAAGGAAUUAUGCUGAUUUCAUGUCAGUAUGGUCUGAUUUUCAUUCUAAGUUAGAAGAUGAAAAGCUUCACAUAAUAGCUACGAUGCUUCAUUGCUUAUGGAGGAGAAGAAACGACCUUGUCUUUGAAGGAAAGUUCAAAGGUCCUUCUGUUUUGUUUCAGUUGGCAUUACAGGGUGUAGAGGCUAUUAAAUUGGCUCAAGAAAAGCCUAGAGAGAGUCAACUAAGAACAACAGACUCGUUGAGAAUAUUAUGGAGACCCCCACGGCUUGAAUUUAUGAAGGUAUAUGUUGAUGCAGCCUUGGAUACAAAAUAG